AUGGGUGAUAGCUGGAUAGAGGGGCAGGAUGUGACACUCGACUCGCUGCUGAGAGUCGGAUUGGGUCAGGUGUUGAUCUCUGGCGCCUCUCCCACUUGUCACCAACCCCAUCUCCAUGGCCACAAUGUUGAAUUACCCCCCAGCCUCAGGCUGAGGGACUCUGCACUUCCCUCGGUCAGCCGGACCUCCCGCUGUGAAGACACAAACAAACCAGCAGAGAGUGGGACAUUUUGCUUCGCUGUGUUUAUCAAGUGUGAGGCCCUGAAGGUCAUUGAGCAGGAGCCCCGCACUGGCAAGGUUGCAACAUUGAGAAACCCCUAUACGACUGCUACGUUCCUGUGCGCGGCGAUGGACAAUACCAUCGUUCUCCUUCAGUGGUAUGAGCCUCUACAGAAGUUCAUGAUCCUCAAGCAAGUCAGCCUCACACUCCCGAACCCUCUGCAAAUCUUCGAGCUGCUGGUCUUCCCUGGUGAAGAGUAUCCACACGUGUGCCUGGGCGUCCGGGCUCCCAUGCAAUCCCACCAGGUCCUGCAUUUUGACACCAUCCAGCUUACCGCCACGGGAUCGCUUGGACCAGAGAAACAGCCAGAGACUUCAUUGAUGAAUGCCAGCCACGUUUCACAGCUCGACCGGGACAACGUCCUUGUCUGUGUUGACAAUUGUGUGAAGAUUGUGAGCUUACAUGGGGAGCCACGUCACAGCUUGGCAACCGAGCUCAGCUUCCGAUUUUGCGUCCACACAGUCGUCUGCCUGCAGGACAGUGUCCUAGCAUUUUGGAGUCACGGGAUGCAGGGCCAGAGUCUUCACUCAAACGAGAUCACUCAGGAGAUUACGGAUGAAACAAGGAUGUUCCGUGUGCUUGGCACCCAGAGGGAUAUAAUUCUGGAGAGCACCCCUACAGACAACCCCGCAGCUCACAGCAACCUGUACAUCCUGACCGGCCAUGAGAGCACCUACUGACACAGGCGCUGAGCAGAGAGGCAUCAUGUGCGGAAAUCCAGACAGGAGCAGUGGAAACCUCAGGAAAAUAGGAUGUGGACCAGCACAGCCUUUUGUUAAUUAUUAUUUAAGUUGCGUGUGAGGGCGUGGAUUAAAUUGUAAAUUGACUUUC